AUGCGUCUCAUCUACUCGAUCCGCAAUGUCGCCAGUACCAUUGCACACGGCGCAAUGUCAUAUUAUAAUGGCAAUGUCUCUGGCCAGCCUGAGAUGGUAGGUGAUCUUCCUGACCCUUACUACUGGUGGCAAGCUGGAGCACUAUGGGGAGCCAUGUUGGAUUAUUACCACUUUACUGGUGAUUCUAGCUACAAUGAUGUCGUCAUGCAAGCCCUGACUGCUCCUGUCAACACCGGUCCACACCACGACUACAAUCCGCCCGAACAUUUUGACGAACUUGGUAAUGAUGAUCUUGGCUUUUGGGGGUUCGCCGUGAUGGCUGCUGCCGAGCGUAAUUUCCCGCAGCCUGAUAUCGGCGUACCAUCCUGGCUGACCAUGGCUCUCAAUAUCUUCAAUGCCCUGUCUUCCCGCUGGGACACCACAACCUGCAGGGGCGGCGUGUAUUGGCAGGUUUUUGCUUCGAACCCAAACGGUAUCAAUUACAAGAAUUCCGUCACCAAUGGAGGCCUCUUCCAGCUAGUCGCUCGCAUUGCACGCGCAACAGGCCAGCAAGGUUACGCAGACUGGGCUGCCAAGGUAUGGGACUGGUGUAUCGAGAUAGGUCUGAUCGGAGACAGAUACACGGUGUACGACGGUGCCCAUGGCAGUGACGACUGCCGAGAGGUUAACUAUGUGGCAUUCACCUAUACGACCGGUAUAUUCUUACACGGAGCCGCAGUCAUGGCUGAGUACACCAGCGAGCAGCACUGGGCCGAUCGUGCUCACAAGUUGCUGGAGGCUGCGGCAUACUUCUUUGACAACAAAAUCCUCUACGAACCAGCUUGUGAGCCAAAUUACAGCUGCAACAACGACAUGAAGUUCCUCAAGGGAUACCUCGCUCGCUUCAUGUGGCAAUCUACGUAUCACCUUCCUUCCCUUUUGCCCCAGGUCAAAAGUCUGCUCGAACCUUCAGCAGUCGCCGCGGCGCAAGCUUGUUCUGGUGGCGAGAACAGUGUCACCUGUGGCCAGAAGUGGAAUAUAGGCGGGUUUGAUGGCCGUGUGGGUUUGGGCCAGCAAAUGUGCGCUCUCGAGACUAUACAGGGACUGCUCAUUGGAGAAUCACGGUCACCUCUCAGUGAUGGCGAGAUAGACCCUGCACGGCACGCGGGCUGGAACGGCAGAAAAAUCGCACCGACGGUCCCGACGAACCAAAGUGUUUUCGGCCCUGAAGAAGAGGUAGAUGUGCACCAUGAAGGGGGCCAUCAUGAUGCGACGAGUGAAGGCAGAACCACGAUAGGUGGACUUGCUUUAUCAAGCUGGAUUCGUGUCUGCGCCGCUACCCUCGCUGGGUCUUGCUGUAUCUUGGCAUAG